ACGAGCUCUAAUCCCACUGACCGGUUAUUUGAAUGGCAGCGUUCAGAUGGAGGCGAAAAUGGCCACUAACGCUCAGGCACAGAACAGCAGUAACCAGGGGAACAGCAUUAACCACAUCGAAAGCACCCAAAACAGUCGACAGCAGCAGCCGCAGAAAGGAAGCAUCUGGGAUGAGCCCAUUCGUUUCAACACCAAAGCAAAAGAUAGCUGCUCCAUGGUGAUCUCUGGCCAGACCAACUUCACCAAGCUGCGUGUCUCCUGCAAGAGCAAGGGCAAGUCAUACUGGUGCGAUUUCCUGGGCAAACCUAACCUAUGCAGAGCAUAUAGCAACAACCCUCGGCACUACUUUACUCAGAUCAUGUGGGACAUGAGGAAGCUUCACAACGCCUGCCAGGGACCACGGGUAUACAAGCCGCAGAUGUGCCGCUCUGCUUCAGAUGAGGUCCAGAUGGUGUUCCAUGCCUCUUGGCCCAAAAUUUCCAUCCCAAAACCUACCCAGGCUUCCCCGAACCAGCAAAAGCAACAGCAGCAGGUCAAGUCCAGCAUCACCCCUACCAAACCUCCAAGCUCAAAGCAGCAGCCUAAACCCCAGCAACCAGCCAAACCAGCCUCCAAACCAGUCAAGCCUGCCAUUACCAAGACUGUGCCACCACGUAAACCUGUAAAGACCAUCACAGCGAGACCCACUGUGGCAGACGAGAGUCAAGCAAACAAAACGGCAGAGGAAUACUGCUGGAAGAGUCUCCAGGGCAUCUGCGCAUACUUCAUUAGCUGGUUCCAGAAUUAAUUCAUCACCACCUCUGGUUAACAGUGUCAGAGACUUUAGAUUGUCUGACAACCGGCCAAGUGUUUACUCCAGAGACCACGGCUUUAUGUGUAUAUGUGUCUGUGUGUGUGUGUGUGUGUGUGUGUGUGUGCAGAAAUGCGGAAAUGUGUUUAUGACUGCACUUUUGAGGUUAUGUGAGUCAAUGUACAUGCUAAGUGACAACAGGAAUGAAAUAAAUAAAUUUGUAAUAUGUUGUUUAAUUAAAAAAAAACAUAUUUCUUAAUUCUCUGUGUAUCAUGU